CUCAUUCCUGAAAUAAACUCAACUUGGCAGUAUUUUUUUAUCCAUAAUUAUUUUUGUUAAGAUUUUUUUCAUUUAUGUUCAUGAGAGAUCAGCGUCUAAUUUUCUUGUCAAGUUUGGUAUCAAGGUGAUGCCAAACGAGUUAGGAAGUAUUCCUUCUUUUCUUUUUUGGAAGAGUUUUUGUAAUUUGAUAUUUUUUCCUUAAACAUUUGAGUGAAAACUCUUCCUUGUUAAUUUUAACCCACUGAUUUUGAUAUUUAUUAGGUUUACAAGAAAUAUACACUUUUUUGGGGGUGAAAACUCUUUUGAUGCAAGACUUUAGAACUAGAGUUCUAGACCUUGUUUUGGUAAACAAUGCCCUAGUAUAAGACUUAAACAUGAAAUAGUCAAUCCCUGUCCGUUUGGAUGGUCUUGUUUUUAUCCGUUUCCUCCCUUAUGCAGCACUGGCCACAGUACCUUUCCUUCUUGGCUGUGUGGGACUCAGCUAAGUCACCACACAGGAGAGCACUGAGGCCAUUUGAGGCCUGAGCCUGGUCCUCAGGACUACACUCUCCCGCUACCAUCAGGCAGUCUGCCUCAGCCAUCCCCACACUCCUCUGACGGAAUGAGUGCCCUUGACGGUGUCCCUUUCAAGGUGCCCAAGGGCUUUCUGACCAGCACAGAGCUUCUCCCUGGGCCAGAACUCAGUGUCCCAGCCUGCAGGGAGCUUCUGCUGGGUUCUAUGUCCCUCAGCCCAUACACCUGCCUGCCACCUCUUGUGCGGGAGCCCCAGCCUCUCAUCGCCCACAGAGCACAGCCUGAUUCUGCUGACCUGCUGUCCGCCCUUAGCCAAGAGGAGCAAGACCUCAUCGGGCCAGUGGUCGCCCUGGGGUAUCCCCUGCAUAGGGCCAUCGUGGCUCUGCAGAAGACGGGGCGUCAGAGCCUGAGCCAGUUUCUCAGCUACCUUAGUGCCUGUGACCGGCUGCUGCGGCAGGGCUACGAGGAGGGCCUGGUGGAGGAGGCCAUGGAGAUGUUCCAGUUCUCUGAGAGCCAGGCAGGGGAGUUUCUGCGCCUCUGGGAACAGUUCAGCGACAUGGGCUUCCAGCAGGACCGGAUCAAGGAGGUGCUGCUGGUCCACGGCAACCGCCGCGAGCAAGCCCUGGAGGAGCUGGUGGCCUGUGCCCAGUGACCACUGGGGCACUCUGCAAUGCCCAGCAUCCCAGACCUGUGCUAAACCUGGCAAUCCAAGUCUACAAAGCAAUGCAUGCCUGUUGUAAAAAUGCAACAAUACCAAGGGUGGGAGCAAAUACUAUAGGGGAGGCAAAACUUCACUCAUCUUGGGUUUUCAGCUGGACCAAUUAAUAAGAGAAAAACAGUUUAUUAAUAUAUGCAGCACACAUUAUGUGGGAGACCCCUCCGUGAAAAGUAGCUGAAAGCAGGGGUUUAGAACUCUGGCUUGUGUAGCAUCAACAAAGAACACAUUUGUAUAGGGAUAACAAGACAAAGGAAAUCAGUUUUAGGCUUCCAAAAAUGACAAACUAGGAAGGUAAAUAAUGGGAGGGAACUAAUGGAGUACGGCUCACUUGCGGUAUCUCCGGAAGGAUAAGAAUCAAUCUCAAGAAAAGGAGAAUUUAUAUCCUGCCUUUAGACAGAAAAGAGAGAGGGGGAAGAAAAGCUCU